CAUAUAAGGUUACUGGUAGGUAGGCUACAACAACUUGAGGUCAGGAGUCAGAAAGGUUGUACCCAACCCGAAAAUGACCAUUGAACUACAACACAUCCAUGGUGACCUAUCUAUGCAUGGUGACCACCCAGUUUUUUUCAGGUUAGCUAAUGGUUUCAGUUUAGCAGCCAGAACUGUCUGGUUCAGGCUAAUAAUUCAGUUUAGUAGCAAUUGUUUUGAUUCAGUUUUGCUUAUAGUUUGGUUUAGCAGGUAUGCAAAAGCAGUUCUGGUUAGUUAACGGUUCAGUUUAUCAACUAUAACAGAUAAAGAGUGCUGAUUGGAGAAGUUUGUUGAGGUUGAGACGGUCACCGGGACAUGGGCCGAGACACAUCCACAACCUCUGGCUCGGGCCUACUCACCUCGCUGCAUCUGUCGUCUCUUCGUAGAGUCAAACUAAAUUAAAACAGGAAAAGAAACUCUGCUUUCACAUUUGUUCCUUUUCAUUCUGAGAAGCAGACGAGGAGUUGUGUCAGCUGACGAGGAAAUCCGCCCAAAUUGCACCUCUCCGCUGGGACGACCAAGAGGGGAAAUCCGCCCAAAACUUCCUGUGAGGAAGAGAGAGGAUUUCUCACAAUCUCUCUUUCUUUUUUCUCAGACAGACCUCAUUGUUAGAUGAUUAUAAUAUGACCUGCUGAUACAAUUAUUUAGUAGAUUUAUCUAUCAAUGUAUCAAUGUUGAUUUGAAUCACCCAAUAUCACAGGCAACACUUCCUGUCCUCAGAUAACAUGGGGUGCAGUAGGAGACUACAAAUUAAAAAGGCAAAUCACAAAAGAUUUUGUAAAAAUAAAACAUGCAAUAAUCUAGCAAUAAUAGCUUGAAUCCAGCGUUAUAAGUAAUGCAAAGCCAUUUUUGAAUAAAUCUGAUUCAAUACUUCUAGAAUAAGCCCAAGACACAUCCUGGCCCGUAAAAAGUUUAAAUUUUACAAAAAUAUACCAAUCUUUAUUUAUGUAGUAAUUCUCAAAACAGUGAUAGUGAAAAGUGAUAAACCAGAGUUCUGUGUGUUAUCUAUGACUGUUGUUCCGCUGGCAGCUCAAGGAUCAUAUUUUUAACUGAACUUUCUGCAAUGCCAUUUUGUGUCCUUUUGUUUUUGCAAUAAACUUUAUUUAUUGCAAUACACCAAAAGGAAAUACUGUAAGUCUACUGUAACUUCUGCUGCAAAGGUGGGAAAUAACUAAGUACUUCUACUCAUGUACUGUACAAAGAUACAAUUUUGAGGUUGUUUAUGUAGUCAGACUGGAGUACAACACUGCUUUACUGCCUUAAUGAUAGGUUACCUACUUCUGUUACUUUAGUAUAAAAAAUAUUGAAGGCAGGACCUUCACAUUGUGUAGUAGGCUACUUUUGUGUUACUUUUAAAUGUUUUAAUCCUCCCACCAUUGUACGGCUGUUAUCUCUUUCUCACAGCAUUUGACAUUUUGACAAAAAAAGUUCUAACUAAUAUAUUAGCCAGGUCACUGUUGGCUCACUGGAAUGGCUAACAGAAACGCACAUCUAAGAACCACUUUUCCCGCGUUGAGUAAAAUACAUAUUUUUUAUUAUCAAUUUCAGUGUUUGAAUUAUUAUUUUAUCUUAUUGUUUUUCUCUUUGCUAAAGUUGAAUGUAGCAUGCUAGCUUAGCAGAGGUUAAAGAAGCUAAAGGCCGAAAAAUGUCAAUGUUUGAAUUGUUAUUUUAUCUUACUAUUUUUCUCUGGGCUUUUGAAUGUAGCAUGCUAGCUUAGCAGAGGCUAAAGCAGCUAAAGGCUGAAAAAUGUCAAUGUUGGAAUUAUUAUUUUAUCUUACUAUUUUUCUUGGUGCUUAAGUUGAAUGUAGCAUGCUAGCUUAGCAGAGGUUAAAGCAAUCAAAGGCCGAAAAAUGUCAAUGUUGGAAUUAUUAUUUUAUCUUACUAUUUUUCUUGGUGCUUAAGUUGAAUGUAGCAGGCUAGCUUAGCAGAUGUUAAAGAAGCCAAAGGCCGAAAAAUGUCAAUGUUGGAAUUAUUAUUUUAUCUUACUAUUUUUCUUGGUGCUUAAGUUGAAUGUAGCAUGCUAGCUUAGCAGAGGUUAAAGAAGCCAAAGGCCAAAAAAUGUCAAUGUUGGAAUUAUUAUUUUAUAAGCAGAAAUUAAAGAAGCUAAAGGCUAAAUAAGCAGUAGAAUGCUCUUGUACAUGCAUGAUACUUUCAACCUGCAUUGGUCUAUAAUACAACAGUCCUGCAAAAAAAUCAUACUUUCAUUAGGGGUUAAGUGUUCAGUUUUUUUUAAACUGUCAUGAGAGUUGUCAGUUCAACUUCAUGAUCAUUUUGCAGGAUGUAGUUUGUGGUAGGCUACUGUCAAGUUUUGAGAAUUUAGUUAUUCAGUCUCUAACCACAGUGGGGUGGAAGACAAUAUUAGCAGGGCUGUUGCAUUUCCAUUUGGGCUACUCUAUAGGCCUACUUAUAAUCCAAUACAUUUCCGAAGAAAAUAUUGUACUUUUUACUCCACUACGUUUAUUUGACACCUAGUUCUAUACAGUAUGAUAUGAUUCAGAACUAUACUACAAAUCUACACAGUAGUAUUCAAAGUAUCUAAAAUUGGCUUCACAUUGACAAACUACAACAUUAAACUGCUCUUACAUGUCUUUGAGCCAUUCUGCAUAGUGAAUACUAUAUUUUUUGAAUUUAGGACUUUUACCUGUAAUGGAUUAUUUUUAGACUAUGGUAUUUCUACUUUUACAGUACUUAAGUAAAGUAUCUGAGUACUUCUGUAGGUACUGUAGUCCAUAGAGCCCAGAGAGGGUGAGAAGGGAGUGUUGUGUGUUACUACAUUUGUACUUUUGCUGCUACAGUAUUCUGCUGUUACUAUUGCUAUUGUGACUAUAAAAAACUGGACUGUAGUAAUAGUGCUAGUACACUGCUACUGCUAGUAGUGCUGGUGGUACUACUAGGGGAGUAGUAGGAGGAGAUGACCUGUGCUGGGGAGGUUCCUACUUUGCCAGUUUCUGUUUUUUUUUUUUUUCUUCUUUCUCUUCCUAGAUUAGAGAGGAAAAGACGUGACGCCAGCAGUUGCUCCAGCCUCUGUGGCUGCUCUCUGCCUCGCCGGACACAUAGCUGAGAGUUCAUUUGUUUUUGUAAUUUGUUUGUUAGUUCCUAUAGAACGGUGAUUGUUAAUGAGCAAAAACUACUGCUGAUAAUUCCCAACACUGCCUGGAUCCACCCUGUACAGUAGUUUUUACUUUUUUAUAUUUUAUGAGUAGACCUUAGACCUAUAUUUCCAGUUUGUGCGUCUCUCAUCAGCAGGUUGCUUUCAGUUUCCAUAUAUCUAUUAUUGUUUAAUCAGAGGUCUUUUGUUUUCGAAUUGUUUUCUUUUUCCUGCACAGAGGAUGUUGUUAUCUGGGUGUUUUUUCCUGUAGUUUGUAGAGCAGGUUGUGUUUGAGGUUUAGAAUCGAUGUGAGAGGAAAAAACUGAUGUCAAGAUCCAACACUGCCUAAAAAAACAUUCCCUACUUUUUCUACUGACUGGGGAGGACGCUGGGUUGGUGGAUUUAUUCUUUCCCUCCCUGGAUGUGACACUUGGAGCCAUGCUGCUGCUUCUUCUGCUGCUGCUCUGCCUGCAAACUUCACUGCAAGAACAGACUGCUGCUCCUGGUCGGUGUGAUAUCUCACAGAGGAUGGAGGUGCACACCUCCUGCACUUCCUGUGCUGCUGUCUCCACCAGCAGCUGCCCCCAUGGCUUCAGCAAUGUUGGGACGACCAACUGCAGUUACGUGGUGGAGAUCGGUGGCAGGGAGAUGGUGCUGGAUGGAUGUCAGCACAUCUGUGUGAAGGGGUUCAUGCAGCCACGAUGCUGCCCACAGUCCUGGGGACCCCUUUGUCUCUCCUGCCCCAGCUGGUCAGGAAAGACCUGUAACUUCCAUGGAACCUGCCUGGAUGGAGACCUUGGCAACGGGACCUGCGUCUGUGAUGACGGCUUCUCGGGCUUUGCCUGUCAGGAGUGUAAGAAUGAAAACAUCUUUGGAGAAAAGUGUGAUAAAGAGUGUGACUGUGUCCAUGGAGUGUGUAAUCAAGGUCCAGAAGGUGAUGGACAGUGUUUGUGUCAGCCACCGUACACAGGGAAGCGCUGUGACCAAGUGAGUACCAGGUGCAGCAACUGCAGCCCCUACUCAUACUGUAAAGGAGAAGGAGAUGCUGCCGACUGCGAAUGUUUGCCCGGAUACAGAAGGACGCCACAGGGCAAAUGCGCAAGUAUUUGCUCAACAAGGGACUGUGACGUCAACGCCCAGUGCUCCUCACAGGGGUCAAAGGUCAGCUGCGCCUGUAAGCCGGACUACGAGGGCGAUGGCAAGAUCUGCAUACCCAAAAACCCUUGCUCCGUGAACAACGGAGGGUGUCCCAUCAACUCCACCAUCUGUGUCUUCAAAGGACCCAACAAGUCCAGCUGCGAGUGUAUGCAUGGCCUGUCCCCUGUAGGUGGCAACGCUGAGUUUGGUUGUCAGCUGGUCUCUGCCUGCUCAGCAGACACCUGUGACCCCACAGCUGACUGUCAAACUAAACUGGAUGGACAGGCCAGGUGUGUGUGUGAUGCGGGUCGGAUUGGUGACGGAUGGCGUUGCUAUGGUAACCUGAUGGAGCGGCUGAUAGAGCUGGACAGGAGUGGAAGCCAGAGAGAAAAUCUGACCGGAGCCGUUGCUAUGUUUGAGAAAGGCUGUUCACUGCUGCUGAGUCACAAUGGACCAUUCACGGCUUUCAUCCCCCUGCUGAAAACCCCUCUGACUGGCGUAAAUGAGGAGCUGGUGUGUAAAAACCACCUGAUCCUGGGUCAGUACCUCUACAAGGAUUUGGAGGGACGUGACUUCAACCUGUACGGAGGAGCCACGUUGAGGAGCAAAGACAACAAGAUGUUCAUCCUGAUGGACAACCCCAGCAGACUGUACACCGUCAUCCAGGAAGACCUGCCAGCAGCCAAUGGGAUCAUCCACAUCAUUGACCGGCCAAUUACAAACACACUUUCUGAUAGGCCUCUUCGUGAUGAGCAGUUUGCUGAUAAGACUAUCGGAGAGAUUCUGACUAAGGAUGAAAAAUACAACCGCUUCCUGUCUCUGGUUGAUAACUGUGGGUCACCACCCCCCUUGCAUGGUCCAGGGCCCCUGACUGUGUUCGUCCCCACCAACCAGGCUGUGGACAAAUCCAGAGACGGCAGCAUCUUGUACAUGCUUAAUGACGCCAAACAUAAACUUCAGGAACUCCUCAGACACCAUGUUUUCUCCCGGGCUGUGCUGACAGUCGACGAGUUGGCUACUCUCUCUCAGAUUCAGACGAUGGCCAAUCAGAUUGUCACCAUCACUGUGUCCAAUGAUGGUGAGAUCCUUCUGGGCGAGAAGGGCGUCCGUCUGGCGAGCACCAACAUUGUGGCGUCCAAUGGGAUCAUCCAUAUGAUUGAGGGGCUUCUGUACCCGCCAUCCAUCCUCCCCAUCCUGCCUCAUCGCUGUGAUGUCAUCGAGAGCAAGAUCACCGUGAGUCCAUGUGUUCACUGCAGUUACCUCUAUGAGACCGAAUGUCCUGAUGGAACCACUGAAAUGGACAGUCAUCAGAUCGGCUGCGAAUACGUCACGUCCCCCCUCAGGCCGACACUCAGUACAGGCUGCGCCAAAUUCUGCAACGCCACUAGAAAGGUAGCACAGUGUUGUAAAGGUUUCUAUGGUCCGGACUGUAAACCCUGUAUUGGAGGAUUCCAGCAUCCCUGCUACGACAAAGGAACGUGUUUUGACGGUAUCCACGGCAACGGCUCGUGCAGCUGUCUGCCAGGCCUCAGGGGUGUCGCCUGUCACAUCUGCGCGGAUCCAUCCAAGCAUGGAGACAACUGUGAUGAAGAUGUAGAGUCUCACAACGAGUGUCGCUGCGUGCACGGUGUGUGUGAUAACCGUCCAGGCAGCGGUGGUGUGUGUCGGCGAGGAUCCUGCACGGAGGGAUACUCCGGAGAAAACUGUGACAAGACGGCCACGCCCUGCAACUCUGACGGAUUGCAGGAACACUGUCACAUCCACGCAUACUGUACACACACAGGACUGCAAACUAUGUGUUUGUGUAGGGAUGGAUAUGAAGGUGAUGGUCACUCCUGUUCUCCCAUCAACCCCUGCCUGAAAAACAACCGAGGAGGCUGCGACACCAACGCAGAGUGUGCAUAUGUGGGUCCAGGUAACGCGUCGUGUGUGUGUUUUGAGGGUUGGACAGGUGACGGGAGAGUGUGUGUUGAGAUCAACAACUGUCAGCUGGAGAAUCGAGGAGGCUGCAGCGCCAACGCCGACUGUAACCACAUUGGACCUGGACAGAGUGAGUGUGUUUGUAAGACAGGUUACAUGGGGGACGGUAUCAUGUGUGACCUCAUUAACCCCUGCCUCCAGAAGAAUGGAGGCUGCCAUGACCUGGCAAAGUGUGAGCGCUCUGUGAAGGGUGGAACUCACACCUGUACCUGUCCUGACGGUUACGCUGGAGACGGAACCAUCUGCUACGCAUCGUUGCUGGAGGAGCUGGACAUGAACCCAAAGCUGUACAGUUUCCACCGACUGAUUCAGAAGUACAGACACCACUCUGAGGACCUGAGUGGAAACCUCACAGUGUUGGUUCCGUCCCGAGAAGCUAUGAGGAACAUGAGUUCAGCUCAGGACUUAUUCUGGAGCAGCCGGCACCACCUGCCUCACUUCCUGCGGGCCCACUUCCUGCAGGGGAUCUACUCUGUAGAAGAUUUGGAUAGACUGGUGGGGAGCAGGCUGCCCACCUUGAACCCCCCCACCUCCUGGAAAAUCAGCAACAGCAGUGGGGUGAUCCAAAUAGGAAACGCCUUCAUCCUCACCCACAACCUGCCUGCAGUCAAUGGCUACAUCCACAUCAUAGACCAGAUUCUGGCUCCAUCCCGCUCAGACCUCCCCCCUGAACCCCCCACCCUGAUGGCCUUCCUGAACUCCUCUUCCACCUUCACUCUGUUCAGACAGUACGGUCUGAUGUACAAUCUGUCAGAGGAUCUGGGUGUGGUUGAUUUCACCCUCCUUCUGCCAACAGAUGAUGCCAUCCGGCAGCACCUCAGCAGGACUAACUCCUCCCUACUGGACUCUGAUGUGUUUAAGUACCAUGUGAUUCUCAAUGAGCUGCUCUUCCCUGACCACCUGUCUGACGGCAUGCUGAAAAGCACACUGCUGGGCAGCGACUACCAAGUCCAGUUCCACUUAAAUGACAACAACCAGACAGUUGUGAACGGCGUUCCUCUUGACGGCAGUUUCAUCGAGACGCAGAAUGGUGUCAUCAUAGUCCUCCCUCAGGUCCUCAAAGUCCACCGCAACAGAUGCAGCCAACCUGUCACCCUGCAGGUCAACGGAAGGUGUUCAGACUGUAUAGGACCACCUCGAUGCUUAUUCAACUACAAACCAAUCCUGAAACAGUUUCCAGCCAACAUGCGAUCCAACUGUAAAUACAGUAAGCGAAUCGGAUCCAGGAGGAAGAAAAUGCCAGGCUGUGUCAUCAAAUGUCUUCGGUUAACCAUGGAUCAUUCCUGUUGCCCAGGUUACUAUGGCCACGAGUGCUUCAAAUGCCCCGGAGACGUUGGCAGCUGGUGCUACAAUCACGGAGAGUGUCAGGACGGUAACUAUGGAAACGGGGAGUGCCGUUGCUUUGAGGGAUUUCACGGCACCGCGUGUGAGGACUGUGAGCCAGGACGAUACGGAAACAACUGCUCCUCCAAGUGUGUGUGUGCCCACGGGAAGUGUGAGGACGGUCUGGCAGGAAGUGGCAGGUGUAUAUGUUAUAAAGGAUGGAAAGGAGUUUCCUGCUCUAUAGAGAUCAAGGACGACGCUUGUGGAGCUGUGUGUGCCGAAAACGCCAACUGUAUUACAGGACCCAAGGGUUCAGCUCCUGCCUGUGUGUGUGUUGCUGGAUAUGAAGGCAAUGGAACUUACUGUCAAGAGCUGGAUUUGUGCCGCAUGUCUAACGGUGGAUGUUCAGAAUUUGCCGUCUGCAUGAAGGUCUCAGCAGGAGAGAGGACCUGUACAUGUAGUGAGGGGUACACUGGAGACGGGGUCAUCUGCCUGGAGAUUGACGGCUGUCUGGUCAACAAUGGAGGCUGCCAUAAGUCAGCAGAGUGCAUCAGAACAGGCCCCAACAUUACAGCCUGCAGGUGUCCUAUGGGCUUUCAAGGAUCAGGGCGGUUCUGUUACCCUGUCAACCCAUGCAGAAAUAACAAUGGCGGCUGCAGUAAGCAUGCUCGCUGUGAGUAUAUGGGUCAGGGUCAGAGGAACUGCUCCUGCCUCAGAGGCCACGUGGGCGAUGGCUUCGAUUGCCGGGGAAACACCUACAAUGAGCUGUUACGACAAUCAGAGAACAUCGUCUUCAGUCGAAUGUUAUCUAUGUCAGGCUCUCGUGGUCUUUAUGGUGAGGGACCGUUUACUGCCUUUUCACCUGUAGAGGAAACCAACAACGACUCCUCUUCUUUCGAGAAAUGGAAACAGUUCGGCCGUCUUAAUGACCUGGUUCGUUACCACAUCGUUUCCUGUGAGACUUUGACCUUAAGUGACCUCAAAACCACCAAGCUUGCUGUUUCAACGUCGGGACACACACUUCACUUCAGCCUGCAGCAGGGUUCAGUCUGGAUCAACAACAGAUCGAGGAUCGUGAAGAGUGAUUACGGCACAUCUAACGGAGUCAUUCACCACAUUGACACGCUGUUGAUGCCCUACAGGCUGCAGGAUAAACCAGUCCUCCUGUCUAACAUGAUGAACUUUACGUCAGCAGCGAAGUUUUAUGGCUACAGCCGCUUCUACAAACUCGUGGAGGAUGCAGGGUUACUUCCUGUGCUCCAGAUGUCCAUCCACCAGCCGUUCACCAUGUUCUGGCCCACUGACAAGGCCCUCAACUCCCUGCCAGCUGAAAGACAGCACUGGCUCUCCAGCCCCGAUCACCGAGACCAAGUGGCUGCCUUGGUGAAGGCUCACAUCAUACGCAAUUCCAAGGUGAUGGGUGUCAGUCAACCGGAUAAAUACUCGUCCUUUCGCACCAUGCAUGGAUCAACCAUCAAGUACAGCUGUGACAAGACGCUGGUGGGUGCUGUAUUGAUUAAUGAGAACGCAGCCCGGAUAGUGGAGCGCUACCUGGACUUCAAAGAAGGUGUGGCCUAUGGCAUCGACCAGUUACUGGAACCACCUGGCCUGGGAGCACUCUGCGACAGCAUGGAGAACAGAACCACUCACGGGCGCUGUGGACGCUGCCUCUUCCCUCCAUCCUGCCCCUUCAGACACCAAGACACGGGAAACACAGAGCAAUGUUCGCAAUUUAGGUCCUUCAGGUAUGGCCGCCGCUAUCCAUCUUUCCUUGACCUGGAUGAUCUUGGGGGGCGGCUGGGCUGUAAGAGAGUUUGUCAGUUUCCUUCCUGGGUCCAAAAGUGCUGCAAAAACCACUACGGCCGAGACUGUCAAGUUUGUCCAGGUGGGCUAGAAGCCCCUUGUGGUAACCAUGGUGACUGUGACGAUGGGAUGCGUGGUUCAGGAAGAUGUAGGUGCCAUGAAGGUUUCAGAGGAACAGCCUGCGAACAUUGUACCACCAACCACUACGGCCCCAACUGCACAGUCUGCAGUUGUGGGGUGCAGGGAAGGUGUGAUGAAGGCAUUGAAGGUUCUGGACAGUGUGUCUGUAAACCGGGCUGGGAGGGUGAUUACUGCCAGAUCGAUUUAGGCUCCAUCCCAGAGGAAUGCCGGGGGUGCCAUGCUCAAGCCGACUGUGUGCCAGGUGUUGGUUGUCAGUGUCAAUCUGGGUUUCAAGGGAACGGCACCUUCUGCAGUCCAGAGCCACCUCCAGACCUCUGCUCCGAGUACAAUGGUGGCUGUCACCAGAACGCAGACUGUAACCAGACGGGACUGCUCGUCAACUGCAGCUGUCACAGCGGUUACCAAGGAGACGGCUACUCCUGUGAGCCCAUCAACCGGUGUAUUGAAGAGCAGAAUGGUGGCUGCAGUGACUUUGCCACCUGCAAGUUCACUGGUCCGAACGAGCGUCAGUGCGAGUGCCUGCCGGGGUACUUGGGUAAUGGAGUCCAGUGUCUGGAGAAGGUUGUGCCCCCUGUUGACCGCUGCCUGGAAGACAACGGAGACUGCGACCCUGUGGCCAUCUGCAAGGACCUGCAUUACCAUGCCAACACAGCCGGAGUGUUCCACCUGCGCUCUCCAGACGGGAAGUACAAGAUGAACUUCAGUCAGGCCGAAGCUGCCUGCCAGGCCGAGGGCGCUGUGCUGGCCAACUUUAAACAGCUGGGAGAUGCACAGCAGCUGGGGAUGCAUCUGUGUGUGGCCGGCUGGAUGGAGGGGGGGAAGGUGGGAUACCCGACCCGCUUCCCCUCGGUCAAGUGUGGAGACAACCACGUAGGCCUGGUUAUCUACAAAGAACCUGUGGACCAGAGCAGCAAGUACGACGCCUACUGCUACAGGCUCAAAGAUGUUUCGUGUGUGUGUCCCGCAAAUUACAUUGGAAACGGAGACUUCUGUAACGGUGUCCUGACUAGUGUCCUCGCAACAUACAGCAACUUCUCCAUCUUUUACAAGUUGUUGUUGGACUAUAGCGGCCGGUCCUCAGAGGGCAAACAGCUUGUUGAAUUUAUGUCUCACAGGAAGUCUGAGGUCACGCUGUUUGUUCCUCACAACGCCGGCUUUGCCUCAAACCAGACUCUGUCUGAUAGAGAUCUUGAGUAUCACAUCUCAACCAAUCACAGCAGACUACCAUUCAAGGAUCUAAGACACCAGGAAGUCAUCAUGUCCAGGCUUGGGUUCAACCUGACUGUUACCCACGGCAACAAUGAGAGUUCUAAGCUGGUGAACCAGCUGCUGCUGUUGGAGUGGGACAUUCCUGCUGUAAAUGGGAUCAUCCACGUCAUUGAGGCCCCGCUGACAGCGCCCCCUGCACCGAUCUCCCAUCAUGCUUCCCGAGGCCACGCCCACGCAAGCGGUACAGUGUCGGCCAUCUUGGUGUCAGUGUUGCUGGCGUGUGUGUUGGCUGCACUUGGCUACUAUGUCUUUACACACAAGAACGACGCCUUCCGCUUCCACUACUUCAGGAAUGAGGAUGAGGACAGUGCGGCGGGCGGCAGAACGAAGCCCACGCUGGUCUCCAUCCCCAACCCUCUGUACAGCGGCUCCAGAGCCUUCAGCGAGCCAUUUGGGGAUGCCAGUCAGGGGUUUGAGACAGCAGAACCUGAAGAACCUCCAAAGAUUCUGGACCUGGACCAGUAGAACCAUUCAAACACGCUUUUUUUCUCUUUUCUUUUUCUCAGUUCAUCUGUAUCCAAAUAAGAAAUAAAAUAUGUCCGUUUACUUAA